UCUUAGUUCUAGGAUAUUUUUUUCUUCUCAUCGCGACUUAACAAUUGUUCAGUAGGUCAACACACUACAUAAAGAUUCCGCUCAUUUGGCGAGAAACGCAAGCCCUUGGCGACAAACCUGUCCUGGCAAAACAUCAUCGCUGGCAAACCUGUCCUACUUUUCCCACUCACGGGCUUUGGGAAGUCAUGAGCGGCAAACGUAAAUCCGUGCUAGUCCCCAUGAGUGAGUUAUUUAACUCUCCCGAUGCCACCGUCGUAACAAUCACUGUCGUUAUUUAUUAAUAAAAUCGCUGCUGUGAAAUUUUAAAGAAUUCAUUUUAAAUUUCAUCAGUGUCUUAUCAUAUUUUUAAAAAAUGAAACUACAAGUGAUUUCAGUUAUUUCCCAAUAGAUAACUGCGAACUUGUUUUAAUUACAACACGAUCAAAGUGUUGGACCCGCCAAAGAUAUCAUUCAUCAGUAUUUAAAUAAAGAUGGCCAAAGUCUUCGUUCCACAGUCAUCUUGCAUUUUUGCUGUCAUCAUCUUUCUGCUUCUAGUGUUAAGCGUAGGCCUUCUCGUUUUUGUGCUAAAAGGCCAAUUGCACCAUGAAAAUUCGAUGUCUUCAAGAGAUAUGGGUCAUGUCGGCGAUUCAGCUGUUGCAGGUGUAGUCACUCAUACGCCUAGUCCUCAAACUGCGUCCAAAACGGUUACAAACCGUUCGACAGAGAGCCAACUGGAUGUUGAUCAUACUACAGAAAGUGUACCCGAAGACCAUCGUCCUUGGGAGGAUUUCAGGCUUCCAAAGUAUAUCAUUCCAAUACAUUACGACUUAUUAUUGUAUCCAAACUUGGAAACGGACAUCUUUACUGGAACAGUAAACAUAACCGUGAAUGUGACGCGACAGAUAAAACAUUUCGUUGUCCAUGCCUAUAGACUAACUGUGAAGGAUUCCAAAGUGUAUGAUAAAACAGGUACUACAGAAUAUGGUGUAAACAAGCACUUCUUGUACGAUCUUCACGAAUAUCUUGUUGUUGAAAUGGACAAUAUAAUUCUUCCUACCACCUAUAAGCUAUCUUUCAGUUUUAAUGGUUCCCUGUUGGGAAGCAUCGUUGGAUUUUACAAGAGCCGUUACACUAGCAGCAAUAAUGAAACGAGGUUCCUGGCUACAUCAAAAUUCCAACCAACCUAUGCCAGAAGAGCAUUCCCUUGCUUCGAUGAGCCUAGUUUUAAAGCAACGUUUUCUGUUUCUCUUGUUCACACACCGAGUUACAUAGCCCUUUCUAAUAUGCCUGUCGAGGUUACAGAAUCAUUUCCUGAUAAUUCGCAACUACUUGUAACAAAAUUCCAGAAGUCAGUACCAAUGGUGACAUAUCUCGCAUGCUUCAUUGUCUGUGAUUUCAAAUACAGGAGCACCAAAACUUCGUCUGGGAAAGAAUUCCGAGUGUACUUGGUUCCAGAUCAAGUGAACAAAACUACCUACGCUCUAAAUUUUGGAACAAGAGUUUUGGAGUAUUUCGAAAAUUACUUUGGUAUAGCUUAUCCAUUGCCUAAGCAAGAUAUGGUGGCAAUACCUGAUUUUGUAUCUGGGGCUAUGGAACACUGGGGUGUAAUUACAUUCAGAGAGACGAAUCUUUUAUAUGAUAAGCAGAAUUCGAGUCCGCAAAACAAGCAGAGAGUGUCUACUGUCAUAUCCCAUGAAAUGGCGCACAUGUGGUUUGGCAACUUAGUGACCAUGGAAUGGUGGGAUGACCUUUGGCUCAAUGAAGGAUUUGCAAGUUAUGUGGAAUACAAAGGAGUUAACGAGCAACAUCCAGAAUGGGAUGUG